GAAUGAAAAGGUCUUCCGCUUUUGGUAGUACUUCCGGUUGUUCUUAUCUGGCAUUUUGUAAGUUUGUGCAUUGUUUUUAAUUGUUAAGAUUUGAUAUUUGCUGUGAGUGGCAAAAUAUCCGUUGCUGGAAGCUGAAAACUCUGUAAAGUGGUGCCCACAGUUUAGUCAUGUCAGCAGAUGAAAAUGACGUCGUAGAUCUUGAGGACAACGCCAGUAAUGACAUUUCAGAGAAGAUCAAGGUAGAGCCGCAGGAAUGCAACCCGCCAACUGUCGGGAAGAGGGCCACGAUGUGGCCUUUGGUGGUCUCGUUGAAGGAGUCUGUCGACCACCUGACGGAGCUCACAUUGCUGGAUCCCGACGACAAAGAUGAUGUGACGGACAUAUGCUCCGAGCUCAAAAAGAUCAAGGAGUUGACAGACAAGCUGUCUGUGGUUUCAGGGAACCAGAAAGGAAAAAAUGAUGGAAAAGCAGCAGAUGCCCAUAAAUACCAGUAUGUUGCGAAGAUCCAAGGCCUUCGUCAGCAACAUUUUAAGGACAUGAGGAACAUGCUGCAGAAUGCCCUGGGCCUGGGCUCGGUCAAGUUCUCCCCCACGGUCCGCAACUCCCCCUUCGUCGAGAUCAACUUCACCAACGAGGAGCUCAUGGACAAAGGCUUGAAGGUCAUCCGCAACAAGCCGCUGGGUCUCACCUUGUGCGUGGUGGAGACCAGGAAGGUGCAGAAGGACCGCCUGCCCCCCGAGAGCAUCCUGGAAGCAGUGGACUCGGAGUUCGACCCCAUCGUCAAGUUCAAGGAGUCCUUGCUGCGCUCCCGGGAGCUCACAGAGGAGGAGCACGACAGAAUGGUGGAGUGGAAGGAUAAGUUUACUCGUCAUGUACUCUCGAAGAUGUGCGAGAAGUUGGACCCUGAUGUUCACAUUAUUGUCAAAGAUCGCACGGAAGGGUACUUUUUCAAGUUGGAGAAGAUUAGGUCCACUGUUUCAUUGUCAUCUGAGUCUGAACGGUACCAGACCUACAGUGGUGUGAACCCAGAGACGGGCAAGCUGGAGCUGGGCUACUGGAGCUUGGGCAGCGACGUCCCCUCGCGCAUCCCGCGAAGCAGUUCCAUCCGGACCGUGCUGAAGGUCCUCGCGAACUUUAUGGAGUCGUCCGGGAGGCCCUUCUUUGACCUGCGGGUCCGGAAGGGCUACUGGGACUCGGUAAUGAUUCGCUCGAAUCACGUGGGUGAGUGCAUGGUGGUGCUGAUUGUGCACUCCGAGGGCAGCGCGGAAGGGGCCGGGGGUUGCGAGUCCCUCAAGCCGCUGCUGAAGGAUCUGUUCGAGUCUGGCGACGGCAAGGAAUGCGCCGUCAAGUCCAUCCACAUGAAAACUAUCACAGAGGUGGAGCCGAACACGGCUGAGGGCCGCCGGCAGGGCAAGGCCGGCGCCUGGCACCACGUCUACGGGGACGACUACCUGCAGGAGGAGGUGGCGGGACUCCGCGUGCGCCUCUACCGGAACACCUUCUUCUGGGGCGACGGCGGCUGCACGCCGCAGCUGUGCGAGACAAUCGUCGACGAGCUGGGGCUGGCGCCCGGGACGGGCGUGCUGCAGAUGGGCGUGGCCACCGGCCUCGUCUGCAUGUACCUGGCCAAGCGAUGCAAGGCCGUGGUGGGGCUGGACCGGGUGCAGAGCAUGCUGCCCCUGGCGCGCGGGAACGUCGAGCUAAACGGCCUGGGCAACGUGGAGCUGAUGCAGGGCGGCGCCAACACGUCCGUAGCGUCGCUCAGGACCCACUUCAAGGACUGCGACGACGUGUACGCCGUCAUCACGGAGACCUCGAGCAACGCCCGCAGUAAAGAGGAAAUUCUGGGCUUGCGAAAAUCAGCAUGGAUCAAGAAAGUUGCAUAUUUGAUAAUAUCUUACAAGGACGUAACUAGUUCCCUCAGGCUGAUGUGCAGUAAGACUGUUGAUACUUCGGAGCCUUUUGUAGUUGUUAAGGUCAUUCCCUUCGACGUGGCCUCGACGAACGUCCGGCCGGACAUCCUCCUGUUCUUGGAGCGGGCACAGGCCCUGGAAGGCCACACGGAGAAGCGAGUGCCUAAGGGAGUGUCCAAGGUGGUGGCGGUGAAGAACAAACCUGCCCAGUCGUCUGGUCCCCCGGCCAAGAAGUUCAAGAUGAACCCAGGCUCCCAGGCAAUGGGGCAGCGACCCCGUUCCCUUCUGCAGGGAAGAAAAUUUGGACCGACUCCCUUAGUACCACAAAAUAGGGGUUUCAUGGGGCGUGGGUUUGGUCAGAACCAGCAACACAACUUUGGUCAUGGGCAUCAUCAGCAGCAGCAGCAGCCGCCGCCAUCUAUGUUCCCAUGGUCUCAAGGUGGAAAUAUGCGAAAUCAGAUGCAAUUUGACAACAGAGCAGCCGAUUCAUUUAGGGCUGCGGAGGAGGAGGCCCUGGCAGAGCGCGUGAGGCAGCAGAAGGAGGCGCAGCAGCUGCAGCAGCUGCAGGAGGCCUUGCUGCAGGCGCAGCGGCGACAGCUGGUCGAGUCCCUCAUGCCCGUCACGCCCCCCGUCAACAACAACAUAGAGGAGGUGGUGCUGUCUGCCAUCAAAAAGACGGGGUUGUUGGAAAGGAUGUAUGCUCUUUCGGAAACCCCAAUGAGGGCCCAGGCGGAUGUUCCGGUUGGCCGCAGCGACACGACAGACAAUUGGUCCAGGUUCAAUGAGCCGUCAUCUGACCGCUGGACAUCCAAUUACAGCCAGCGCAAUACGGAUGAUCAAACAUCCUUCAAUGAGAACGUUUCUAGUUAUCAGGGCAGGACUGUUUCUGGGUACCAAGACAGAGAUGUAUCAGGAUACGAAGACCGGGACGUUACAGGAUUCCAGACCCGUGACAACUCUGGAUACAAGGACCAGGACCAAGACUCUUAUGGGUUCCAGAAUAGGAGCUCGUCGGGUUUACAGAACAAAGACGUCGCAGGAGAUUAUAAUUCCAGCAGUGGGGGAAAUAAUUACUAUGGUAGUAGCAGCAGCUAUGGUGGGUCACGAUACAGUUCUCAGAAGUGAAAUCGCACUCUUAUUUGGCAGAGAUGUAGGUGGAGGCACACUGUGAUGUGUGUCACCUUACCUUGCUAACUGGUCUUUUCGUAUUAUUAAUUAUAAUUAUUACAUUUUGUGCAAAUAUUACCUUCCCAGAAAUAUAAUAACUAUUAUGAACUUUCAGCUGUAUGAGCACUUCCAAAUGAACAAAAAAUUUUGAUUUAUUUAUUUAUUUUGUUGGAUAGGUAAAACUGAUUGAAAGUGUUGUUACCUAUGAUUCAAGAAAAUCUGUUCAGCCGUUUGAAGAUCAUCAGCUAUUUUCUUAUUGAUGAAGGGAUGUGAGCAACUUCCACAGGGCUGAUCCUGUUACUACAAUAAUAUUGCGAGAACUUGACAUGAUGCAGUAUAGUAUGGAUGGUGUAGUACGGUACAAACUACAAUAACAAAAUACAAUGAUAGUGUUUAAUGCAUUUUAAUUACUAAUAGUAGCUUCAGGUGAGAAUUGUGUGUGUUCUAAAUGUAAAAACAACGCACAUGAAAGUGUGCAAGUAUGCUGCGUAAUUUCUACCAUUCCCCUCCUCCUCUGGUUCCCCCACCACAUACGUGGCUGUUUCCCCUCAGGCAAUCUGAAUUUUCCUAAUGCUCGAAAUUUUUUACCUCCUCAGCAAAGAAGUUUCACUUCAAAAUAUUUUUGAAAAAUAAAGUACGACUCUUAGUACUUUAAGUACCUAUUUAAGUUCUGCUUCUCAGUCUUUGCAAUUCUGCUAAAGCCAAUCUGUCAUGAAGAUUACAGCUUUCUUUGAUUGAGUUCACAAAUAGCAACACCCUGCAAGCUUUUUACGCUAAUUAAACCUACGUGAGCUUGGUCUUUGAAAAAGUACUUUUAUCUAAAUAAAUGACAGUUUUUUCUACAGUGGUCCCUUGCAACUUAUGGACAGUAACAGCCCAACUUAAAUUAUGGGAAACAUUAAAUUCUUUUGAUGUUGCCAUACACUAAGACCUUGAAUUGUCAAACUUUGUGGUUGUAUUUGAAUCCAUCUGUUUUCGUCUAUACAAUUCCCCUCCAAUUGAUCUCUGUGAUGUCCAUUCUAAUUUUUUAAUAAUGUCCAUGCUAAUUGACCAACCCUUCUGAAACCUUCAAAUUCAUUCGCAACAUGACUCUAGCAACAAUUGCAAUUUUUAUUGAAUUUAGCAGUCCUCCCAUACAGCUUGGAUCUUGAUUGGUUUUUGACCCUGAGUGCCAGGUUAUUGGGAUUCAUAAUUUUUACUGUUUUGGCCAUUUUGUCAUUAUUUUCAUUAACUAUUUUCUUUGUAGGGAAAAUACGUGCAGCUUAGCAGUUCGCUUUACUUUUAAAGUUUUUUUUUUGUGUCUCGGGUUUUUAAAAAAUUUUAAUUUCAGUUUUUUGUCACUGUUCUCAAAGAUUGUAGUUCAAAAAGAAAUUUAUCCUUACAUGACAGUGCAGAUUUUUGUGUUGUUUUGGCAGUUUUGAUGGGUGUGCUACCCUUUCUAUUCUGUACUGUGAACAAGUUACUGCUUAGUACUUUGUAUUUGUGGUUGUGUCAACUGCAUGAUAUAUCAUAUUGUAUGUGGUGAACAUAUUAAUAAACUUCUCAGAAUUCAUUUAAGAUAAAAUACUGAAGUCAUACACAACUCUCCUGAAAAGCAUGACCAUGAUUAUUUUUUAAUUAUUAUGAAUUAUCCAGGUUAUAAUAAAUGAAUCUUUUAAACACUU